AUGAAGGACGUUAAUCAACAGCAACAUCUCAGUCCUUUGAUCGUCCAAUCUUCUAAAAUAAAUGGAUGGUUAAUAUCUCGAAAUUUGAUACAACGAGACUACCCAAAGAAGCUAAGGGAGAUUGAAUGCAAAAUCGAUGACAUUAUCAAUAAAAACUCAGAUAUAUCCAUACAGAUUUCUGAAAGUUCAUCGUUGUAUUUAGGAUGUAGAGAUAUCUUGGAUAUCUUAACGCAAACAGACAACAAGACCGACUUUUUUGGACGUUCGAGUCCACUGGUCCGCGCAUGGUCGGAAAUUGUUAGUUUGUUUCAAAAGAACAAUCUGUUUUUCGCUGAGGUUGGAGAUGCAAUUAAUGAGUUGUCAGCUGUGCAAGUUCCUAGAUGUAAAUUGUUUAUUGCAGAAAGGCAGAAACAUUUGUUGAGCUUACAUCAAAAGCUUAGGGAACAGAACUUGAAUUUGAGCCACAAGGAAGAGCUUUUGGAAAAGGUGUACAAAGAAUUCCGGUUUGAUACUGAAGAGAAAAACGUCAAGUUGCGCCUUCUUGAGGAGGCCGAAAAUGUCCCGAAAUUCCUGGCAGACUUUGUCCGUUCUCUUGCUGCUUUAGAUACAGCUCUUAAGCUAUACAACAGCUUCAAAACAUUCGUUGUAGGAGGUUUCCAGGAUAACAAUAAACCAGAGAAGAAGUCAUUCGAAUGUUGUCCAACCCUUCAGUUACUAAUCAAUUCAGGCCAUGUACUGGUGUUUACAUGGAAGAAUGGAUAUAAACCUGAACAUGUUAAAGAAAGUGAUGACUUUAUCCCUCUUUUGUUACAACACGAGAGAACAAGAUUGAAACAAUCAUCAAUAGAAAUCAAGAAAAGUGAACUUGCAGAAAGUCCCCCUUCUGAGCCAAAUGAAAUAGUUUGGGAUGAAACUGAAGCUGAGAUCGGUUUUGGUCCUUUCGAUCUGAACACUGAAGAAAGUAUUGAAAUUGAGAUGGAAGAUGCUCUCCCAAACUCUUCAUUAAAAGUGACUAAUGUACCAAACUGUGAUUAUAACAACACUUCAAAAAAUGUAUCUUCUGAAAUUCAAGCGAAACCAAUAGUUGCUUCUGGAGCAUCUGCUCGUUAUCUUUUGGACUCAGCUGAUGGACGUAAAGCUCUUUUAAAUGAUCUACUUGAAUUGGGAGCAUUUUUACAACGUUUCCAAGAGGACCUACUCGAAAGAUUAGACAAUGAAGGUGGUAAUCAGCUUGGAGGGACUGGACGUAAUACAACAGGACCAUCAGGUUGUAGUGGUUGUGAUGCUCUCCAGAAUAUGAUCAUGCAGGAACAAGAACGCGAUGCAUUAUCGUACUGGUCUUGUUUUUGCGGUCAGUUUGUUGAUUGUAUUGGUGGGAAAUUGUAUUUGUUUUCUGGAUUAAAAAAAUAUGUACAAUGCCCACAAAACAUUCAGUCAUAUACAUACGAUGAAAUAUCUAAAAUGAUUGGACUUGUUAAAGAAGCUCAAAAGAAUUUAACAACCAGUUCAUUGAGCCAGCUGAUGAUGAUACGAAGCAGAACGGGAUAUUUAGACCGACUGACUGAUCGACUUAUGGAUUAUAGACGUCAAGUAGAAUUAGCCAAGACACGAGUCUGUCAAACACAACAACUAAUUGACAAGGCAAUAAAGGAACAGGAAGAAAAGACAACACAACUUAUCCACUAUAAACAAUCGUGUAAGAAGCUAGUCAGUUUUUUAGAGGAUGAAUUAUCAAGGACCUGUAACCGUCAAGUACAAAUAAUUGGGCAGUUCUGCGAUCUGUGA